AUAUACGCAGAUCUCAGAAGAAAAAUCACAGAGGGCUUCAACGCCGCUGCAUUUUCGUAUUGGCUGAGAAUCCAGGGAGAUAUAGCAUUUUCCUCAUCGCAUCAAUUCUACUAUGGCCGACGAGAUUGAACUGAAGACCGCUCCAGCUGAUUUUCGAUUUCCUACAACAAAUCAGACCAGGCAUUGUUUCACACGCUAUGUUGAAUUUCACAGGUGUGUGGCAGCAAAAGGAGAUGAUGCGGACUGUGGAAAAUUUGCAAAGUACUACCGAGCACUUUGCCCGGGUGAAUGGGUCGAGAGAUGGAACGAGCAGAGGGAGAACGGAACAUUCCCCGGGCCUCUUUAAACACUGGUGAAUGAAAUCUUAGGCCGUCGCUCUUCGCCUGGAACUGGCCUUUGUUGUUUCUGUUCCAAAGUCAAAUGGAUUAAUAAGAAAAACGUUAUCUUGGACUGCCUUUUCGAGACUUUUUUCAUAAUUCAGCUUAUCUUUUGUUUGUUUUUUUUUACUUUGCUAAUUAAUUGUCUCAUUGAUAAUGUGAUGGGGGAGCACUCUAUUCAAGUCUUUAUUCAUUCAUUCAUUUUGUCAGGCUUUUAAAGCCCUUUUUGGUGGUUCCACCCUAUUUAAAGUUUGAAAAAAGAACCCAUCCAUUUCUUUUGACAUUCAUAAAUAGUUCUGUUAGAC